GACUCGACUAGACUUUCUCAUCAUACGAACCCUAUUGGACUAACCCUUCUAUCCUCUCGAGCUGCUGCCACCCUUUUUUCUCAGUGCCAAACAACACUGACAGAUACUUUGAUGAAACCAGAUUUAUCGUUUGGGUCAAUAUUCAAGCUUUGGUGAUUACCAAUUUUCUCUGGUCACUGUUUUUCAUCAUUGGAUUUAUGAAUCUUCCCAUGCUUAGAAUUUUGUGACCUAGAUUGUCGUUUUAUUGAGGCUAUCAAAUUCGGAGAUACUUCUUCUUAUCGAUUCUCAAGAAUGAGGAUUCCCAAGGAAGAAUCAUCGAGCAGUGCUGCACAGGCAAUAAGCAUGAUAUCAGCAGUGAAGGAAUUGCAAGGGGUCACUGCUCUGGAUCUCAAUAAAUUAUUGAGAGACUCUGAAAAUUUCACUAUUCAGUACCUUACUGAACAAGGAUCAACGCUGAAGAUUGAUAUGGAAAAACUUGCGGGAUCUCUUCCGUUGCACCUCUGUACCCUGGUGAUGUCACCUGUUAGAAAUGAAGCCAUGUUUAGAUACUUGUUACGUGGCAUUCGACUCUUGCAUUCCUUGUGUGAUUUAGCCUCCCGAAAUUCUAAAUUCGAGCAGAUUUUGCUUGACGAUGUGAAAACUAUGGAACAGCUGACUGACUUGGUUUUCUACAUGCUAAUUGUUCUUGGUGGAUACAGAAAGGAAUGCCAUGCUUUCAGUGAUAUGCCCCUUUUGCAUUCAACCCUUGUAGCAUGCAAUUUACAUCUAUUAACAGGGUUCAUAUCAACACAAUGGCAAGAUAUUGUUCAUGUAUUGCUUGCGCACCCCAAGAUUGACAUAUUUAUGGAUGCAGCUUUUGGAUCAGUUCGCAUGGUUGUUAGUUUUCUUGAGAAUACACUUGGAGCAUAUCAAGAAGAUGUUUCUGUGGAAUCAAAUCUUACUGCAGAACAAAUAGUUUAUUAUCUCUGCCAGCAGUGUGAAGCUUCUCUGCAGUUUCUUCAGUCACUUUGCCAACAGAAAUUGUUUAAGGAGCGACUGCUCAAGAAUAAGGAAUUAUGUGAAAAGGGAAGCAUUCUUUUUCUGGCUCGAUCCAUCUUGAAGUUACACAUUCAGCCAUCUUUUCCAUCUAGGGUCAUGGCUGCUAUUUCUAGGCUAAAGGCUAAAAUACUAUCUAUUCUGCUGAGUUUGUGUGAAGCAGAAAGCAUUUCUUAUCUUGAUGAAGUAGCCAGCUCAGCACGAAGUUUGGAUUUGGCUAAAUCUGUUGCAUUAGAGGUUUUUGACUUGUUGAAGAAAGCUUUUGGAAGAGAUACAGGGCAUCUCACUGCUGACAGAAGUCACCCAAUGGGGUUUGUACAGCUUAAUGCAAUGCGACUUGCUGACAUCUUCUCUGAUGAUUCAAACUUUCGAUCUUACAUGAUACUUUGUUUUACUAAAGUUCUGACAGCAAUAAUUUCACUUUCCCAUGGAGAUUUUUUAUCCUGCUGGUGUUCAUCUAAUCUGUCAGAGAUGGAGGAAGAUGCUAGUCUUGAAUAUGAUAUAUUUGCUGCAGUUGGAUGGAUUUUAGAUAAUACUACACUAGAUGUAAGAAAUGCUACAAAUUUGGAAUUCAACCUAGUCCCUAACAGCAUGCCUAAGGCUUCUUAUGCACAUCAUAGGACAUCAUUGUUUGUCAAGUUCUUUGCAAACCUUCAUUGUUUUGUUCCCAACAUAUGCGAAGAGCAGGAGAGGAACCUUUUUGUUCUCAAGGUCAUGGAGUGCUUGCAAAUGGAUCUAUCUAACUUGCUGCCUGGAUUUUCUUUUGCUUCUGAUGCUCCUAAAGCUGCCAUUGCUAGCAAAAACCUCCGCUCAUUGUUAAGUCAUGCAGAAUCUUUGAUUCCGAACUUCUUAAAUGUGGAGGAUGUGCAACUUUUAAGAGUGUUUUUUGGUGAAUUACAAUCACUGUUUGCAUCUACUGGAUUUGGGGAAAAUCAAGUCCAAGAUAGCAAAUUUGAGGAGUCAUUAUCUUGGGAUAAGAUUUCUAAAUUCAACAUCAAUGAACAUUAUCAGGAGGCACAGAGUGCAGGGGGAGGUGCACCAUCUUUAACUGGAAAAGAACAUGCUGAUCUUAAUAAGAAGGGUAGUAACUUCAAGGAAGGAAUGUCUGAGAAUUCUGCAUUUCCAGACAUGGACCAACAUAAUACCAGAGUUGAAGAGACAAGUCAAGGUAAGGGCUUAAAUAGGCAAAAUCAGGUGGAUGAUAAAGGCAUACCUGGUAAAAGUGGAUCAGGAGGAGCAAGAGAUAUGGACAAGGAUGCUCAGAAUGUUGAAACAAGUGGUUCAGAUACUAGUUCUGCAAAAGGAAAGAAUGUUGUUGAUCAUAUGGAUAUUGGAGAACUUUCAAAAUCAAAUGAGCGUCUUAAAAGAACUGCAGUUGAGGAAAAUCCAGAGGAUGAAAAGAUUGAGCUUUCACAAAGGAGAAAACGGAAGCGAACAAUAAUGAAUGAUAAACAGGUGAUGCUGAUUGAGAGGGCUCUCAAAGAUGAGCCUGAUAUGCAGCGAAAUGCAGUUUCACUUCAAUCAUGGGCUGAAAAACUAAGCGUGCAUGGUUCCGAGGUUACAUCUUCACAGCUUAAAAAUUGGUUGAACAACCGAAAAGCUAGGCUUGCUCGCACGGCUAGGGAUGUUCGCGCAGCAGGCGGCGAUGUUGACAAUCCUGUCCUAGAAAAGCAAAGGGGGCCAGUACCUGGGUCCUAUGACUCACCUGAGAGUCCAGGUGAUGUAUCACUUGCUGCGAGAAUAGCUUCAGGUGAUAAUAAACCAGAGCCUUCUCUGGCUCGAUUUGUUGAUAUUGGUUCUCCAGAAUUUGGUCGUUGCAAUGCAGGUCAGUAUGUUGUGCUUAUGGGUGUACGAGGUGAUGAAAUUGGCAGAGGAAAAGUGUUUCAGGUGCAUGGUAAGUGGUAUGGGAAGAGUUUGGAGGAAUCAGCCACCUGCGUUGUGGAUAUUUCUGAGCUCAAAGCAGAUAAAGGCAUGCGGCUACCCUAUCCAUCAGAAGCCUCUGGCACCACAUUUGCAGAGGCUGAAACAAAAUUUGGUGUCAUGAGGGUGUUAUGGGGUUCCAACAGAGUUUUUCCAUUGCGGUCUGAAAUCUGAACGAGUUUAACUAUGCUUUCAUUAGCUGCAGCAGCUGUUCCUAUGCUACCUGCUGCAAACUGUUGUCAAUCUUACUUGUGGUUCCCUGAAUGCACAUAUUUUCUAUUUUCCAUAAUCAUUAGCUGAAGGGAUAUACUAGAUGACUUAGUUGAGAAGAUCAAUACCUGAUAGAGAAGAGUUCAGUAAGGGACAGGUAGACAAAAGUCGAUAGUUAUGGAGAAAACAAGGUGCGAUUCCGCAAUGUAAGAUAGUUUAGUUUAGGAUAUAAACAAGAGGCAUAGUCGUCAGCAAAAAUGUUUGUAGGUCUUGUACAAAAUUUGUUUCUCGGAAAGAAUUGUCCCUGCGCCUUGGCAAUUGAAAAUAUUUUGUUUAGAUUAA